AUGUUUUGGGCUCUAAAAAUUUUAAUAUUUUAUUUUUUAGACUAUAAAAGUAUUAAAAAAUUAAUUUUUUACACUAUAAAAAUUUUAAUAAUUAUUUUUUAUACGAGAGUAUCUUGUUGGAGUACCGAAGAAGAGGUGACAUAA